AAACUUCGACGUUAUCGCUACGACUCCGUUUGUGUCUGAAGUUUCUAUCAGAUGGUCAGGUUGCUCACUGUUAAUGGAAUAAGAACAACUUUCAGGUCUGUUUCGCGGUGUUUAUCAACUACUGGUAGCGUUAUUACAUCAUGUUUUAUUUGCAGUCAACCGUUUUAAGGCCGAUGUCGUUGUUAUUGGUUCUGGUCCUGGUGGUUAUGUCGCUUCGAUAAAAGCUGCACAGUUGGGUUUGAAGACUGUUUGUGUUGAGAAGAAUGAUACUCUUGGCGGGACGUGUCUUAACGUUGGUUGUAUUCCUAGCAAAGCACUCCUGAACAAUUCUUAUUUGUAUCACAUGGCCCAUUCGUCAGAAAUGCAGAGUCGGGGGAUCGAUGUCGAAGGUUGUAGGUUGAACCUGCCGGUUAUGUUGGGCGCUAAAGAGAAAGCUGUAUCAAGUUUGACCGGUGGAAUAGCCUAUCUAUUCAAACAAAAUAAGGUUGGUCAUGUCAAAGGUGUUGGCUCAAUUGUUAAUGCCAAUGAAGUUUUGGUUAAAAAAGAAGAUGGAACUGAAGAACGACUCGAAACGGAACGUAUUCUCAUCGCAACAGGUAGUGAAGUCACUCCAUUUCCCGGGAUUGAGAUUGAUGAACAAUCUAUUGUCUCGAGCACUGGUGCACUUUCUUUAACUAAGGUUCCUGAGCAUCUUGUUGUCAUUGGAGCAGGAGUUAUUGGUGUUGAGUUGGGUUCAGUAUGGAAGCGACUGGGUGCCGAAGUCACAUGUGUAGAAUUCCUUGGUCAUGUUGGCGGUAUGGGUAUCGACAUGGAAAUUAGCAAAAAUUUUCAAAAAAUUCUAACAAAACAAGGCCUAAAAUUCCGUUUAAAUACUAAAGUUUUAUCAGCUUCCAAAUCUGGUGAUAUCAUCACUGUACAAUUAGAAGGUGUAAAAGACAAUAAGUCUGAGAGUCUUGAUUGUGACACUCUUCUAGUAUGCAUAGGAAGGCGUCCGUACACCACUGGGCUUGGUUUAGAGAAUGUUGGCAUCAAGUUGGAUGAGAAAGGUCGAAUUCCUGUGAAUAAGAACUUUCAGACUUCUGUGCCAAAUAUUUAUGCGAUUGGUGAUUGUAUACCCGGUCCAAUGUUGGCGCAUAAAGCUGAAGAUGAAGGAAUAAUUUGUGUUGAAGGAAUGCUUGGCGGUGCUGUACACAUAGAUUACAAUUGUGUUCCUAGCGUUAUUUACACACAUCCUGAAUGUGCUUGGGUUGGGAAAAAUGAAGAACAAUGCAAAGCGGAGAGUAUCCCCUACAAAGUUGGCAAAUUUCCAAUGUCUGCAAAUUCACGAGCUAAAACUAAUGAUGAAGCUGAAGGACUUUUCAAGGUUUUGGCACAUAAAGAUACGGACAGGCUUUUGGGAGUUCAUUUGCUUGGUCCAUGUGCUGGUGAGCUGAUCAAUGAAGCAGUAUUGGCUAUGGAGUAUGGAGCUUCAGCUGAAGAUGUUGCACGUGUCUGUCAUGCUCAUCCGACUGUGUCUGAAGCUCUUCGGGAAUCCUGUCUCGCUGCAUUUUCUGGCAAAGCUAUCAAUUUCUCAUAGAAAACACACUUUACAAUUCAGAAUUAACGUAUCAAUCGUAUAUUGUUAUCGUAAACGUAAAUAGGAUAAAAUUUCUACAUACACUUUCUGAGUGAAAUUCUUCACCUGCAUAUAUCAAAGUAAUUUCACUUUGAAAUUAUGCUUGAUGUGUACCAAAAAUGCGGCAGUUGAAGGGGAUUGAUGAAUUUUGAAGCAGCUAUUGUACACCUUAUUCUUUUUAGAGGAUCCCUUCUAUUGUUUGUCUUUUUCGCUAUCAGUAAACUAGUUUAUUUACGUAGUUUCCUUUGAACGUGUUUGUUUGUAUGUAUGUAAAACAGAAUGUUUUUAAUACACUAGUUAUUGACUUU